UACACAAUAUAUAGUGACUUAUCUAAAUCCAAAAGCCACACACUCACCAAUCAAAAUCACCAUGGCCAAAAUUUUCUUCCCAAAAUUCCUUCUCUUAUCACUAACCACCUUCAUUUUCAUCACAACAAAAACACACUCAUUCAUAAAACCCAUUUCCCCAACAAACCUCGGACUCCACAAACCCCAAAAACUAUCUCACCUUCGCUUUUUCUUCCACGACAUCAUCGGCGGGAAGAAUCAAACCGCCGUCCGCGUCGCCGCCUCACCAACAACCGAAAAAUCCCCAACCGGCUUCGGCGCCGUGGUGAUGAUGGACGAUCCCUUAACAGAAGAACCGGAAUCAGAUUCCAAAAUUGUUGGAAGAGCUCAAGGAAUCUACGCUUCAGCUUCGCAAACCGAAGUGGGUUUUCUCAUGGUGCUUAACUUUGCUUUCACGACAGGGAAGUAUAAUGGAAGUGUUCUUAGUGUUUUGGGGCGGAAUAAGGUGGAUUCCGCCGUGAGAGAGAUGCCAAUUGUGGGUGGUAGUGGGUUGUUCCGGUUUGCGAGUGGGUAUGCUCAAGCUUCGACUCAUUCUAUAAUUGGAUUAGAAGCUAUUGUGGAAUAUAAUGUUUAUGUGUUUCAUUAUUAAGAUAAUGUUAAUUAAUUGUUCUUAGUUUCUUUGAGUAGUGUUGUCGUAUUUUUAAAUUUUUAAAUUUUAUGUAAGGCCAUUGAAUGGGUGGUGAAGAGAAAAAGUUGAGGAAUAAAAGAAAGUGAGUUUGCAGCCUUGUAGGAGUUUCUUAAUUGAAAAUUUGAAAUAAAUAUUAUUAUAUU